AUGGAAGUAAAAGAUGAGCCAGUCCAAUGGAUUAAUUGUAGUACAUGGACAGAUCAAAUGGCAAUUGAAACAGUUGAAGCUAAUAUGUGGCCUCCAAAACGUCAUCAGUUGUUGACUGUCUCGGCGUUGGGCUCUGGCAAGGAAUCAUUUAUAUAUGGUGCAUACAAUAAAACGAUUGUCUAUGAAAAUUAUUCACUACCCUCACGACUUGGUCCGUUGACUGAUCUUGGAAUCACAUUACCCACGUCACCUGGUAAAUUGAAAUUAGUGAUUUUCAACGCAACCAUUCCAGACGUGGCACCACAAGGAAAAUAUGAAGCGUACAUACGAGCAUCAGAGCAAGAUCAUUUUGAAAUUAUUUGUGUCAAAAUUCAAUGGGAAUUAGGGCCUAAAUAA